CUCUCUCUUUCUUAUCCCACAGAGGAAAAUAAUUCAAGAAAUUUGAGGGAAAAAAAAAAAACCAAUCCUACAGGCUACAACAAGAAAAACACUUUCCACUUUCUCUCUCUCUUAUCUUCAAAACAAUGUCUCUAACUUCAUCACUUCAUUCUCUCUCACUCUCAAUGCCCAAAACCCACUUCCUCCAUGGCUCAACUCCUCUCUCUUACCUCUCAAAACCCUCUUCGCUUCCCCAAAAUCCCACCUUUUUCGUCCCACCAAUCAGGGCCAUGAAAAAGAUGCAAGGCAGAGUGGUUUGCUCCACAAACGACAAGACGGUUUCUGUUGAAGUUGUGCGUUUGGACCCUCACCCAAAGUACAAGAGACGCGUUAGAAAGAAGAAGAAGUACCAGGCUCAUGACCCUGAGAACCAGUUCCAAGUUGGCGAUGUUGUUCAGCUUGAAAGGUCCAAACCCAUCAGCAAGACGAAGAGUUUUCUUGCAGUGCCCCUCCCUCCAAGGAUUAGGAACAAGAAAGAAGAUAAGGUUAAUAAUGAGGUUGGAAUUCCUUUAGAGAGUGAACAAGCACAGCUGGCUUAGUGCGUCUUGUUUUGAUGUUCAGUUGUUGUGGUUUUGUAAUGCUUUGAUACAGUUUAAAUGUUAAUUAUAUUUCAUUGUUAUGAACAUUCAAAUGGGUUUGUUUCAA